UACACAGGGUCCCAGUGGUCCGGCAUGGAGGUACUACCACUCAGUCUGAGCAGCUAAGGUGGAGCAGCCUGGAUGGAGAGCUGCAGUGUGCUGGAUGGAGAACCUGUGGAUUUAUAGCGUUGUUCUGCACUGACUGGAAACAAACUGCUUUACUAUGGAGUUGGGAAGAGUUUGGUCCCGAUAUCAGAGGACGUUGCUGAUCACUGUGAUGAUGUUCAAACUGGGUCUUCUGUGCACAGUGGCAGCAGACAACUGUCUCUCAUCUCCCUGCAACAAUGGAGCCACAUGUCUUGAACACCUGGAUGACUAUGUGUGUCUAUGCCCCAAAGGACCAGUAUGGUACAUGGGCAAAAACUGUGAGGAGCUGUAUGAUCCCUGUAUUACUGCACCUUGUACCAACUGUACCAGCAACCUCGGGACUGACGAGUUCAGCUGCCUCUGUCCAGAUGGAUUCACAGGGCUAAACUGCACCCUGGAUGUAGACGAAUGUUACAGCAAUCCUUGCAAUGGUGUCAAGUCCUACUGUGUCAACGGAAUCAACGGAUAUUCCUGCUACUGUCCCCCUGGAGUUGGAGGUGAUGACUGCCAGGUUAAUGUGACCACUUGUUCAGAGGAAACAUGCCAGAAUGGUGGUAUCUGUGUAGACAUCCUUGACACCGGGCGCCAGUGCCUGUGUGCUGCCGGGUACCAGGGGACGAACUGUGAGGAGGACACUGAUGAAUGUCAGUCAGAGCCCUGUCAGAACGGAGCCAUCUGUAAAGAUGGGGUCAAUGCCUACCAGUGUUUCUGUGUCCCAGGAUUUCAGGGCUACCACUGUGAUUUGGACAUUAAUGAGUGUGCCUCACACCCCUGUCAAAACAACGGCACAUGUCUGGAUGAAGUGGAUCACUACACAUGUGAAUGUGUCCCAGGCUUCAAAGGGUUUAACUGCGACGUGGAGAUCGAUGAGUGCGAGGUGCACCCUUGCCAGAACGGCGCCACCUGUUGGGACUACAUUGCCACAUACAGGUGUGAGUGCAUGGCCGGCUUCCAGGGCCAAGACUGCGAGGUCAAUAUUGAUGAAUGUGCCAGCGUGCCCUGUCUGAAUGAGGGCAAGUGCAUAGAUGGGGUCAACAGCUAUGAAUGUGACUGUGAGGGGACGGGCUUUGUAGGCGACCACUGUGAAGACGAUAUUCUUGAAUGUGCUUCUGACCCCUGCAAACAUGGAGCCACCUGCUUGGAGGGAAUCAACCAGUACAAGUGCCUUUGCUGGCCAGGUUAUGAGGGAGAGAACUGCCAGUUGGAUACAGACGAGUGUGAGCAGCAUCCCUGUGAGAAUGAUGGAGAGUGUUUCCAGCGAUCAGAUGCCAGGAACUAUGGGAUGCUGCCUGAACUCAGCACAGCCACCUUCACACAUGAAGAGGCAGCUGGCUUCAUCUGCCACUGUUUGCCAGGGUUCACUGGAGACAACUGCUCAGUCAAUGUGGACGAGUGCGAGUCUGCUCCAUGUCACCAUGGAGGACAAUGCCAGGAUCUGGUCAACUCUUAUCAAUGUGUGUGUCCAGACGGCUUCACAGGUAUACACUGUGAGGUGGACAUCAACGAGUGUGAUAGCAAUCCCUGCCAGAAUGGCGCCACGUGCGAAGAUGCUGCCAACUCCUAUAGGUGUCACUGCCCGAUGCCAGAGCCUGACCAGGAACCCUUGGGUGGGCGAGACUGUGACGUCCGCCUGGUCGGCUGCCAACAUCACCAGUGUCAACACGAAGCAGGUUGUGACCCAAUGCUGACAGAUGAUGGAGAGCACAGCUACACCUGCAUGUGUCCAUCCGGCUGGACUGGAGAACGCUGCAACACCUCAACUACCUUCUCCUUCAACUCGGAGGGCUACAUUCACAUGCAGCUGCCUAUUUCUGCAAACAGGACUAGGCGUGAGAUUCAUGACAGUAACCAUGGGAUCCACAUGCAGCUCAGAUUCAAGAGUACUCUGCCUGACAUGGUGCUGUACUACCGGGGCAUUAAGGAGCGCUUUUUCUCAUUGGAAAUUAUUAGUGGCUCCCUCCAGGCCAGGGUAAAGUCAGGGAAGGUAAUGCAUGCCAUUUACCCUGGCCCUGUCAAUGAUGGGGAAUGGUACCAGGUCUCUGUGACCAUGGAUGAGAGGCUGGUCCUGACUGUAAAAGGACUUGGCUGUGAGGAAGGGUGCCAGGUGAAGAAUGAAGGCCACAACCAUCUGAUCUUCCUCCAGCCCAGCUCCUUUCAGCAGCUGUAUGUAGGAGGGGCACCACAGGAAUACUUACGCCAUACUUCCAGUGGGAGGGGGUUCAUUGGCUGUAUGGAGGACCUUCAUGUUGACCAUAAGCUGCUUCUGCCUCAGGACCUCAUCAGAGAGGAGAACCAAGGCCUGGAAAUGGGAUGCACCAAAAAUGACUGGUGUCAUGAAGACCCAUGCAUGGAGCGUGGGCAGUGUGUGGACAUGUGGGUUCGUGCCAGAUGUCAGUGUCACCGGCCCUACUACGGAGAAAGCUGUGCGGAAGAGUACCCAUCCUGGACCUUCGGCCAUGAGAACAUCACCAGCUACUCAACCUUCAAUAUCUCAGAAACCCAUGGAGACAACUUCACCAUUUCCUUUUUAAUGCGCUCCCUCAAACACAAUGGCCUCCUCCUGCAGCUCAGUCGAGAAGGAAAGUCCUACCUGACGAUCUAUUUGAAGGAAGGCACUGUUGCUAUCUACAGUCCUUACACCACACUGCUGUCAGAGGCAAAGUUUGUCACUGAUGGCAACAAUAAUUUGGUCACUAUCAAGGUACGCUAUGGCCAUGUGGUCUUCCCCAAAGCGGGGAACCAUCGUGCCUUAGGGAAUGUGAGUGUGGAGGCAGGAGAUGUAGCGUAUGUUGGCGGGCUCCCUUUGGACAAGAGCAUAAACAAUUGGGGUGGAAACUUCAAGGGCUGCCUGCAGGACGUUCGGCUGGACCACAAGUAUCUGACCAUUGAGGAUCAUCCAGACAGCAUGGAGGUUUACCAGGCAAGCACAGAGGAGAAUGUGCUGCGAGGAUGUCAAAGUGAUGACACAUGCAAGGAUGAGCCCUGUUCCAAUGGUGGACAGUGUAACAUCACCUGGAAUGACUUCAUCUGUCACUGUUCCAUUAACUUCUCCGGCCGGCUGUGUGAGACACGUCUAUGGUGCGUCGACAACCCUUGUUUUGAUGGAGUGGACUGUGUGGACCUACAGGAUGGUUAUGAGUGUUUAACUGAAGCCCUUUUCCAGGACAACUCUCUCCGAUAUGUUGCCAACAGCUCCCUGCUGAGCCCUGUAACCAACAUCACCAUGGACAUAAGAACGCGAGACGAGAACGGGAUCUUGUUGCGAACCGCCAGCGGAGCCGAGGUCUUCUGCCUGGGUCUACUCAACUCCUCUCUGCUGGUCAAGCUGGACAGCGGGGAGAAUACAGAGCUUCUGGCAUUCACAAGUGACAGGGUCAUCGCAGAUGGGGUGUGGCACCGUAUCCAACUGACCAUGGUCGACCCCACACAGUCAGUGUCCCGCUGGCGCCUAACCAUGGAUGGGCAAAGAGUGGGGGCCAGCUUUGGUGUUGGUGGUACCCUCAACUUCCUCAACGAUACUGAAAUCUGGCUGGCAGAGAAAUACACUGGAUGCUUAGGGGAGGUGAGAGUGGGUGGAGUCUACCUGCCGCUCAUUAAUGUACCAGAUGCCCCUCAGGUGAGCCGCUUCUCCAGACUGGGAGGCCAUGAGCCAAUCAUAGGAUGCCAAGGUGCACCAAUUUGUGAUUCCCAACCCUGCCUCAACCAGGGUGAGUGCCAGGACCAAUUCUUUGAGUUCAACUGCAGCUGCAGAGCUGGAUGGGAGGGGGAGCUUUGCGAGAUAGAGAUAAACGAAUGCUCUUCACAUCCAUGUGUUUAUGGUACAUGCAAAGACCUCCUGGCUGACUACCAGUGUGUCUGUGAGCCUGGAUACGCAGGAAAAGACUGUCAGGAGGAGUUGGAUAACUGUCUGGAGUUCAGUUGUGUGAAUGGAGGAACCUGCGGGGAAACAGUGGGAACUCACACGUGCUUCUGUCCUCCUGGCUAUGUCGGCAAGCGCUGCCAGUGGCGUUUCCCCCCAGUGGCAUGUGAUGCAUACACAGACUGUCUUAAUGGAGGGGUUUGUAUAGGAGGCAGCUCUGGAGGAAACUGCACCUGCAAGCCUGGAUACACUGGAGCCAGGUGCGAGACAGAAAUAGACGAGUGUGAGUCCAACCCUUGUCUCAACGGUGCCACCUGUCUGGACAGACUCAACCACUUCCAGUGUGUGUGUGUGCUCGGCUUCAGCGGCACACUGUGUGAGAGCAAUAAAGAGGAGUAUAUGGAGCGAGUUCCCUGGCUUGCUGUGACCAUCCCUCUGCUCACCCUGUGUAUGUUACUGGCCAUCCUGGUGGUAUUUUUCCUCAUCAUGACGGCCCGGAAGAAGCGUCAGUCGGAGGGCACAUACAGCCCGAGCUCACAGGAGGUAGCUGGUGCCAGGCUGGAGAUGGGCAGCGUCCUCAAAGUUCCUCCAGAGGAGAGGCUCAUCUGAGUCCUACAGCUCUGCCUCACAACUUCACAUCCAGUGGAUGUACUGUAUCUAUGUAAAGGGCCAAGAGAACAUGUGCUCUGAAUUGUGACACUGCUGAGCUCUCCUGCCCUAUACAGGAAAAAGAUAGAGGAUAAAUCAAUGACUGAUAAUCUGCCUGGGAAAACUACUGAUUUUGAAGCCUGAGAGGUGGACAAAUAAAGACCAGAGGUGAGAGAGGGACAGUCGCCUCAUAUCUGAAGCUGUCCUGUUACUGGGAGUGUGGUCAAAGCAUGCACUGGCCCUGGAUCUCCCCUUGUAACUGUGAUAAAAAUCUCAAACUUGGUUCGCAUGGAACCAAAGGCCAAUGAGGAGCAUAUGAACUAAAGGAAAGCCACAAACCUCUGAGUACUGAGCAAUGUAUUCACUCAGACGGAAAAUCACUGAAACUGUUUCUGCAAAGCAAAACCUUUCUGGAACUGAAAACCUUCCUCUGCAGAUUCCACAUCUGACUCUGUUUUACAUGACAGGGGAAAGAGGAAUGUGUAGCGGGAGGAAAAUACACCUGAAACUAGUUCUGUCAAUAACAUUUGAGUCUGCAUGAAAAUCAAUUGCAAAUUAUUAUCAGGAGAAGAUUUCUUCACGAACUCACUUCUUGUAAUAGUAUUACCUCGAUAUACAAGUAGUUCAUUUUAAGAAACCUAUUUGAAUUCUGUGUCUAUCUUGUUAGAUUCCCUUGGUAAUGCUCACCCUGCAUUUGUUCUACUCUGAUGCCAUGUGGGCUUUGCCACUUGAUUUUUAUCUCCUUGCAAAUUUCAACUUUUUUCUCAGAGUUAAUUAAUUUUAAAUGAAAACAUAGUGUUUUUCUUUGCUGGAUCGUAAGUGUUUAAAAUGUACACUGUUGUCUCGAUCACUGAUUCUUCCAUGGGAAGCUUUCACUCCUCCAAGCCUCUGUCCCUCCUUGUCUGAGCUGCUGCAGUCGUCACUGUGAAUGAACACAUGCUAAAAGUAAUGAACCUUCCUGAAUGUGCAGAUGGACAUCGCUGCUGCUUCUGCAGGCAUCAAGAACUGUUGUGUUAAUAAUUGUUGUAUUAUAUUGUCUGUGUGCACUGUAUGGCUAACAGGCUAACCACUGUACCCAUGUUUGUUAGUGUGAAAGUAUGCUGUGAGCGUCUUUGUCUUGUGUUGCGUAGAAUGAGUAGCUCAAGUUCAAGCCACUGUAUUUUAUUAUGUUUAUUAUCUUCAGUGGAAACAGUAUUUAAUUGUAGAAAUCUUGUUGUUGUUGUGAAAGGUGGUCACAUCAGUAUUUAUGGGCAUGAAUCAUUUCAAGUGUCAAAUGUAAGAAAUUAAGACCUCAAGUUAAUUUAAAAGAAUUUUAUUCUAAGUGUGAGAUAAGACGAUUCUAUAUCUCUGUUCGUUUUAAAAAGCUGAAGGCAGAUUUAGUCAGGCUAUCUUAGGGGAUCACCUGGCCUGCCACUGUUAAGAGUGACAAAGUACAUGUAGCUCACAUAGCUCUGCAAUCCACAUAAUCAGAAAGUUCAAAUUAAAAGCUCCUCGUAAGGGACUGUUUCAUGACACACAGAUUGAUCCAGUAACUGUGCUCACUGCUCAGUGAGGUUGUCAAGUUGUCACAUCAGAUUGAUACUGUGUGGUGUGACACUCCUUCAAACCAGAGGAUUUAUUUUCUUUACAUAUCUGAUGAUUAAACAGAUUAGAUAUACCUUGUGAAAAGGUGCUUGCAGACAUAUCUUUGGAAAUUUGAGCUUGGAUGGCAGUUCCCCCUGCUCCCAGUCUUUAUGCUAAGUUUGGCUAACCAUAUACUGACUCCAGCUCUCUUCUUAACACACAGACCUGUGAUUGAUAUCCAUCUCCUCAUCUCACACUUGGAAACAACUAAAGUAAAAUCUACAUUCUCAUGGAACUGCUACCUACUUUCUAGCUUUGAACCAAUGUACUGAUACUGAUCCGACUGCCUUUGACCUCAAUAGUAACUUAAAUAAUUUCUUCAUUUGUUUAGUCUAUGAAUUCUCAAAGUUAGCCCUUAAAGUCAUUUGCAACUGUUACUCCAGAAAAUCCCACCACUCACCUGCCUUCCACUCUGAACUCACCAGGGCUGCUAACUGCUACUGUACCAGUUAACCUGAAAGCUUUUACAGGUAAGGUGUUGAUGUGACAUGAAGUCAGACGGACACAUUGUACCAGUUGAAUGUUCAUGGUAAAAGUUGAGGAACAUUUUGUUAAAGGGAAGUCACAAGCAAGUGACACCUGAACAUGAAUUAGGAUUUUGAUCACGAUCUGUCAUAUUUACUGUGGGGUUUGCACCACUGACUUAUUUAUUACUGAACGUUUGUAUUGACUUUAUUUCAUCUGACUAAGUGCUACUGCCCUGAUGUUGCAUGUGGCACAGAUUAGACUCUGUAUUAGGGCAAAUGAAUGCAGACAACACUGUCCACAAACUGCAGUGUACUUUUUUUUAUGCUGUUUUAUUGUCGAGGCCUCUCAGUUCCAAUGGAGAAAGAUUAUUCCAUGGCAAAUUACUGCAUGGUAGUGUUGAUCAGGCCAGGUCCUUAAAGAAUUGGUUUCCACAGUUUGGUGUGGAAGAAGAAGACUGACCGGCACAGACUCCUAAACCCAACUCCACCCUCCAUGUGACUGGAUGACUGUGAGCCAGACCUUAACAGCCAACAGAAGUGAGACUUAACUAAAAUGCUCUCUUGGCUAGGAGCAAAUCACGCAUGGUUUUGGAAUGUGAUAUUCAGGAGUUAGAUAUGGUUGGAAUGUUACAGUGUUCAUACCUCUGGCCAUGAAGGUUUACAGAGUUUGAAAUCAUAUAAAUGAUGCCAAAUCUACUACAGGCCAUGAUCCACUCCCACACCCAGUUUCAGUGUUACCUAUUGCAGAAGGCAACACGGCUGAAAGUUUUAAGUUGCACUGUAAAUGCAGAAAUCAGAUAUGAUGAAUGAGAGCAGAAAAAUUAUAAAUGUUUUUUUUUAAAAAUCUGAGCAUGGAGUGUAAAUGCACCAUUAUAAAAGUGGAUUCUUAAUCAUUUAUUGUAAACUCUCAAAAAAGUCAAUGUGAAUUGUAUUUAUCUUCUGUUGGAAGAGAGAGAGACAGGCCUACAUGUCAUAUUAGAGAAACACUUUCUAAUGUCUCCUGCUUCCCACAGUCAAUGGAAACUCAAAAACUCCCUCCAUGUUUACUUGCUGGUUUGAUAAAGGGUAAUGUCUAUUUCCAUGAUAGUUCCAUCAGCAAGGAGUCAUGUCUUUGAUAUGUGACUGAUGCUAAGCUACCGUAAAUGAAACGCCUCACAUCUUUCACAAUAUUCAAAUGAAAGUUUUGCAGCCAUCUGUUUAAAGGUAGGGUUAUAAUGUAACUGUAGCUUGCCAUUGAUUACAGAACAGCAAAGAAAUAACAACUGCACAGUGGAAUCAAGCAAAACAAUGUCAUCUUGGCUGAGCAUUAGUGGCCUCUAAAGCCACUGGUGGUAAUUAGUUAAUUCUGAGCCCGAGCAGCUAAGUGGUUUUCAUGUGCAUUGACCGCAGCUCUGACUGCGUCCCGCUAACUGAACUAAAUCAUGGUCGACCGGUGUAUAUUCCUCAUGGUCCCCAGCUUCCUGAACCAGAGGUGCUGUCCCUGUAACAAACCAACAAAACUCCAUCUGUAAUUCUUUUGAAGGUAUUUUUUAAGUUUUGCUUUGAAAUGAUCUGCAGUUCAGCAUUACUCUUGAACUAGUCUGAUUCCAAAAUUAAUUCAACGCUAUUAAGGUAAAAAAAAAAGUUUCAUGCCGUUGCUUUAAUUGGAGUUUUAAAACAAUGUAACUGAGAGCAGUGGAGUUGUCAAUAUAACUGAGGGACGUCCUGUUAAAGAGAUGGCCACCAUGCUUUAGUUCACCAUGCAUGUAAUUCCAAGAGGUCAAGGGACAGUGAGAGAUAAUAUGCAUCCGUCUCCAUGCAGGUGUGUGCAUGAUGAGACAGUAUGUGCCUUCACGUUCACCUGCAUCUGCAAAACCCAAUGUCAGACUCAUUCACGUCUUUGUGUAGUCGGUGCUGUAGGCCACUGAUAGAAAUCCCAUUGUAAAAAGUGUUUUUCUGCUCAAAUAUCCAAAUUGUGCUCAACCCAUGAUGGUGUUAAACAGACAUACAGUGUUAUAUGAUACUGUAACUAUACAACAGAUGUAUCCCGGCUAUGUGUGAUGUGGUAGUGAUUUUACACUGGAGUUGUUUUUACUAAAGCUGUACCAUGUACAGCAAACUGCACUGAUCAGUACAUGACGAGUUCUAGUCCAAAGUAUUCCAUUAAACCACAGAGUAAUAUUGCUGGAGUUUUCUAAUUCCACAUUGUAAGUGAUACUAGAGCUACAACUUUUUAACACUAACAUUCAUAUAUGAAUCAUAGUGUCUUAUAUUUAGCUACUUUUUGGAGCUGAAAGUUAUUGGCAGUAUUCACAGCCAUUUUCCACAUUUUUUAAAACUUGAUGUCUCAUUUUGGAAUAUAAUUCUUCAUUUGUUCUGAGAAGUCUGUAUAUAUGACCAGGAGUUUGUGAUUCGUCUGUAAAAUAAGAUGUAUACUUCUCAUUAAAAGUGGAUAGUUACUCUUUAAUUACGUGUUUAAUGUGGGAAAUGAUGCUUUAAUUGGAAAUGAAAAUUGGUAGAUAUGAAACCUGUCGUAAGUAUUUUAGAAAAAAAUAAAAUACAAAAUAACCAA